AUGAAUGCCGAGAAUCAUUUAGACACUUUUCGAUUUAAACCAAUUAUUAAGAAUGCAAAACAAUCGCAUAAAGAUUUAACGGAUGUUUAUCAAGCAGCUAAGAAAAUGAAAGAUUUUUUUACAACAAAAAAUUUUGAAAAUUUAAAGAAAUUGGUAGAGAUUAUUAAUAGGAUUAGAGCAUUUUCUAAGGAAAUUUCUCAGUUUAAGAAUUUGUUGAAGAUUAUUAUUGAUAAAAGAAAUAAUAGAAGUUUUAAAAGUUUAAAUAGUGAAUUUGAUACCAUCAUGCAAGAACUGCAAUUUCCUGAGAUCAAUCAGGUAAUUGAUCUUAUGAAUGCGUGUCCUUAUUUUGCAAAUCUCUUAUUCAUCGAUUUAGAAUGUCACCGAAAUUGA